CGGGGCGAUGCCGCUGGUCCUGGAGGGCGGCGGCCCGGCACCGCUGGCAACCUGCGCUCGCCAUCCUCGCCUGCGGGAAGGAGCCCGCAAACUCACGAGUCAGCCUGUGCAGCGCGUGGGACCCCGGGGCCUCCUCUACGUACAACAGAGAGAGCUUGCGGUGACUUCCCCGAACGACGGCUCCGUCUCCGUUCUGGGUUCCGAUGAUGCCACCACUUGCCACAUCGUGGUCCUGAGAGACACAGGGAGUGGGGCCACCUGCCUGGCCCACUGUGAUGGCUCAGACACCAGAAGUGACGUCUCGCUCAUGCUGAGAGUCUUAAAAUCCGUACCGCACACGGGACAGAGUGGAAGGCUGGAAGUGCAUCUGAUCGGAGGUUUCAAUGAUGACCGACAGCUGUCCCAAAAACUUACCUCUCAACUCCUGAGUGAGUUGGACCAGCAGAAAGACGACAUUCACCUAGUGACCUUUUGCACGACAGAAUUAAAUGAUCGCGAGGAAGGUGGGGACCACUUUCCAAUCAUUUAUGGGAUCGGCGUCAGGGUGGAGAGCGGGGAGAUUUUCAGAGCCUCGUUUCCGGAGAGGGGCCCAGAGGAGGACCUGCGCUCCGCCCGCUCUUUUUCUGGAGGACCCAUGAUCAGCAUUUACGACGCGAAGACGGAGCAACUCCGUAUUGGACCUUAUUUCUGGAAUCCUUUUCUCAGUGUGGAUUUUUGGCUGGAACAGGAUGACAGACAACUAUUAGAGGAUUUUUCUACUUCUCCUUGCGCUGAGCCGCCCCACUUUGUGGCCCAUAUUAGGUCAACCAUGACCUUCUUGAAGAAAUACCCUUUUUCCUCUUCACUGUUUCCAGGAAACAAAGCCCUCCUCUACCAAAAAAACAAAGACGGCUUAUGGGAGGCGGUCCCUGCCGCCGGGAUCCCACUGGAGGCCGAACCAAAGAAAGCCCAGGCUUAGCGUGGCUCGCUGUGACAAAGGAAACCAAUUCCAGGUUGGGCAGGAAUCUGCUCUUGGCAAAUCGUAAGGGCCACGGCCCUCUCUGGCUUUCAGCUCCUUUUCAAAAUAAAAUAGGUUGGCACAGG